AUGCAUAUUUGCCUAGCUAAAGAACAAGGAACUGAUUUAAGGUAAAUAGCACUUCAAAGGAAUAGAGAAUGUCUCAAGAUCAGCUGGAUUUGGUCAAAUUCCCAGACUUUGAAAACAAAGAGCCUGAGCAUCAGGAGAAGCCCGGAAGGGUUAUGUGCUGUGUGACCCUUUCUUUUGGCAUUAAGUCACUGGUUGGGCACAUGUGGGUGGGGAGGAGAGGCGACUAGGGCUGAACCUAUCAAGCUGCCAAAUACCAGCUGCUGUUGGUAGUGAUGAAGGUUGCUGUUACCAUUUACCAGCCUUUCAUCAUUACUGUACUCCUAGGGUAAAGGUAAAGGGACCCCUGACUGUUAGGUCCAGUCGCGGACGACUCUGGGGUUGCGGCGCUCAUCUUGCUCUGUAGGCCGAGGGAGCUGGUGUUUGUCCGCAGACAGCUUCCAGGUCAUGUGGCCAGCAUGACUUAAGUUGCUUCUGGUGAAACCAGAACACUGCACGGAAACUCCGUUUCCCACCAGAGUGGUACCUAUUUAUCUACUUGCACUUUGACGUGCUUUCGAACUGCUAGGUGGGCAGGACCUGGGACCGAGCAACGGGAGCUCACCCUGUUGCGGGGAUUCAAACCGCCGACCUUCUGAUCAGCAAGCCCUAGACUCAGUGGUUUAGACCACAGCGCCACCCGCGUCCUGACUCCUAGGGUAGGUUACCACAAUUACAACACAAACUGCUGCAAGAGUCAUAGUGUGAUGGAGCAGGGAUGGGGGGGGGGAAGCACCAUUAUUUCACAUCAAAGACAAUGGUAUCUCCUGGGGUGCUAUUUGCCAAUCCUCUGCACACAAAAGUUUUUGUCAGAAGCCUACCAAAUAACUUAAGCAGAGCAUGAUAGAAGUUCUGUAAACAUGCACUGCCAAUUUUCAUUAAAAAAAAAUUUUGACAGUUCAUAUUUUAAAUCUAACCAACAUGUCAAAAAGAAUGGAUGUGUCUUUUUGAGUCCACCAAAUUCUUCAUCAGGCUGGAUUUGACCAAAGUAAGAAAAAACAGGUUUGGUAUCUAGAAGCCACUAUGUCUGCAUUGGUCUAAAAUUCAUUUUAUUUGUGUCCCUUAGAUAAGGACCUGGCUAAGGGUGUUGUCAGGAAGAGCACCUACACGUAGAUAACAACCCUUGCAGUAGGCAUAGGAAGAACUAAGCUAAUCUAGCCAGGGCAGUACGACAUUACAAUAAAAUACAUGCCAGUUUGUGUGUGUAUUUUUCUUCUCAUUGAUUUUUGAUGAUUAUUACAUUUAUGUCCCACUUUCCUCCAAGAAUUCAAGGUGGCAUACACAGCUCUGCACCUCCCUUUUUAUCCUGGCAACCUUUUGAGGUGGGUUUGGCUGAGAGGUAGUGACUGACCCAAACUCACCCAAGGAGUAUCAUGGUCUCCCAGGUUGCAGUCCAACCAAUAUGCUACACUGGUAGUCAGCUGAAUGUGUGAACUAAUUCCUGAAUCCUCACUGCCCUGCCCUGCCCCCCCCCCGAAAAGUAUCUGGAUGGGUGUGUGAUUUUGAUUACUAAAUACUGAACACCAUUAUGCAAAUUGACCAUCCCCUGUAAUGUCACUGCAUGGAGGAUUUGGCUGAAAAUGCAAAAGAUUGCACUAUGCAAGCCAGCUCUGUCACUAUCUGUCGUAUAGUAGGGCAACUCACGUAUGCAAUGACUUUUUAAAAUGGAACGUGCUCCAGAGGUGCCACAAAAUAAAUGCUGACUGAUUCUAGACAGCAGCUUCUAUUGAAGUUAAAGGAACCUUUGAAAGUCAGCAGGAGGUGACAUCUGAAUGCAGACAAGUGGGUGGGUGGGUGGGUACCUUUUAAGUGGCUGUUUAGGUAAUCUGAAAGGUGUUUGGGUGGACAACUGUUCUGCUGAAAAAGGAGAGAACAUACUAAUUUUAAAAAUGCAUGUUAAUAUAAAUUAUGUGUAAAAGGGGAAGAACAGAUUAUUCCCGUAGAAUUUACACAGCAAGAUUUAAUUGUGUGUUCAGCUAAAAUAGAUGUUUUAGGUCAGGUUUCCUCAACCUCUGCCCUCCAGAUGUUUUGAGACUACAGUUCCCAUCAUCCCUGACCACUGGUCCUGCUAGCUAGGGAUCAUGGGAGUUGUAGGCCAAAAACAUCUGGAGGGCCGAGGUUGAGGAAGCCUGUUUUAGGUACCAUAAAAGGUUAAAAGGUAAAGGGCCCCUGGACAGUUAAGUCCAGUCAAAGGUGACUAUGGGGUGCGGCACUCAUCUCGCUUUUAGGCUGAGGGAGCUGGUGUUUGUCCACAAACAGCUUUCCGGGUCGUGUGGCCAGCAUGACUAAACCACUUCUGGUGCAAUGGGACACCGUGAUGGAAACCAGAGCACACGGAAACCUUGUUUACCUUCCUGCCACAGUGGUACCUAUUUAUCUACUUGCACUGGCAUGCUUUCAAACUGCUAGGUUGGCAGGAGCUGGGACAGAGCAAUGGGAGCUGAUCCCAUUGUGGGGACCUUCUGAUUGGCAAGCCCAGGAGGCUCAGUUGUUUAGACCACAGCACCACCCUGUAUAUUGUACUGUAUAUUGGACUCUGCAACAUAUUUAUAGGAAGGCAUAGUCUAAUAUAAAUAUAGAUGCUGGAAGUGUAAUGCUGGAACUGCCUCACCGAGGCAUGCGAUAUGGGCAUGUCCAGCGGUAUUUUCUUUCUGGUCAGAAGUCAUUGUAUCAAUUUUAUAAUGGCAAAAUCAUUUAUAUUUGUGUAUGUCCAUGUGCUCUUAAAUUAUAUUCCUGUAGUAUGGAGAUGUUUUGUGAGACUUUGUGGUCGCCAAAAGACUUCUACUCUGAGCAGGAAAGGAUAAACACACAGCAUCUGUUACACAAGACCUGAACACCAUUGCUACAUCUGAACACACUUUUUUUUUACAAACACCAACUUUUUCUGGAUACCUAUUUGGACAUUUGGAGGGCAUUUAUCAAAUUAUAUGUGUAAACAAAGAUGGAUGUAUUGAUGGUUAUCAUGUUGUUAAUGUGAGCUGUUAGGUUGUUGUUUUGCUCCACUCUGUACACCUUUUUAAUUUUUCUAAGAAAUUUGCCAUAAAAAAAUCAAUUUAAAAAGAUUUAAUUGGAUUUAUACAGAAAAGAUUUAAUUGGAUUUAUACAGAAGGUAAGCCAUCUCUUGGAACACCUGACUGCUUAUGUGUAUGCAGCGCCAGAGCAGUCUCAUAGCAUGUGGAAAGUAAAAUAAAUGAAUAGUGAGAAGACAAUAACUGGAGAAACAUAAUAGUAAACAUAGCAACAGGAUGUUGAAAGGGUGUGUGUGUGAGAGAUGGAGAAAUCCCAUCCGCCUCUGCAGCAGACAAUCUUAAGCAAAUUCCUGCUUUUGAUAUACUGUGUUGUAUUCGGAUUCAAGUAACAAACGGUGCCCCCUAGCGUUUUGUUGAAAGAGGAACAGCAAGAAAUACUACCUUUAUUACUCCAGCAGUCAGUAAAUUCUUAACUCCGUUAAGUCAGAAAACAACCUCCCCCAAAUAUUAUUAGACAAACAUUUCAAGAGCAAGCAUUUUCCUGUCUACUGAUGGUCUAUUUUUGCUGCCGAUGUUUUUUAUUCACUGGCAAGUGCCGAAUUAAACAAAUAAGUGUCCAAAGUUGAGAAAGGGAUUAUGUAUUGAAAUAUAAGGAUAAUUUUUAAAAAUAAAAUAAAAUUGAGAUUAUAGUGAAUUAAAAUAAAUAAGAAAGAAAAAAGAGUAGAAAAAGGGGGAAAGAGAAUACAUUUUUCUUUUUUUAAAAUAAGCAGAGGAAAACAUCCAUAACAAAAUAACCAUAAAAUAUAAUUAAGGCUACAAACGAUAUAGUAUGUUGAUGUAUAAAUUUAUUGCUUCCCUCAAGUAUAUGUUAAUCCAUAUAUCACUAUGGUUUCGACAAAUACAUUCCAAACAAAUUUGCCCAUGCAUAAUCUUCGUCUUCAUGAGAAAUAAAAAUUUGACCACGGAGCAGGGAUGGGGAACUUUUGGCCUUCCAGAUGCUUUUCGACUCCCAUCAGCCCCAGCCAACAUGGCCAAUGCAGGGAUGAUGGGAGUUGUAGUCCAGCGACAUCUGGAGGGCUACAAGUCGCCCAGUUAACUGCCUAUGGCUCGGAAUUCCUAAAUCCAAAUCAUUCCGCCCAUUCACACGCACACGUGUAAUGCUUGUCGAUGCCAGCUUAACCCCCACCCCUGGAGCUGAUGGUACUUGCCAGUAUCAUCAGGGAGGGCCCCUGAUCUAGAAAAAGACCAGCUGCUAUUGCGCAUAUGGUCAGAACCCGCAAGUCCGGAGCUGGAAGCAAAGUGCGGCGCUGGAACGGCGGAAGGAAAGAAAAGCGACUCUGUCUCUUUAAAGCGGCUGCCGUCGCUGCUGUUCGGGGCGGAGCUCAGAAUCUAUCUGUGGAAGGCGGGGGGACGGGGACGUCACUGUCCCGGAGGCCACUGGUUACGUCACCGCCUCGCGGCUCCUCCUCCUCCUGCCUCUCUGGCAGGAGCGCGCGCUGGAGAGAUAGAGACGGGCAGCCAGCUAGCCCGCGAGCUUCGCGCCUGCGCGGAACUGUUCGCCUGCCCAAUCUCUCCCUUCAGCUGCUCUCUGCCCCCCCCCCGCCUCCGUCUGUUUGGGGCCGCAGCAGCAGCAAUAAGCCCGAGUCCGGGGCUGAGAAGCGGCCCCGCCACGCCAGGUGUUCGCGACGGAGCGGCUGCGCGGCCACGGAACCCCCGGCCUGGCCAUGGUGCUCCUGAGGGCCUCUCGUCCUGCCCGGUCCCCCGAGUGACGGAACUGCCCCUGCCGCCGGAGGAGGAGGAGGAAGAAACGGAGCCGGGAGCACGACAACCCCGCCAGCGCCAGUCGGUGAGAGGAGAGGGCGGCUGCUGCCGGGAACGGCGCCUCAGGGCACAAGUGGCGCGGCGAAGGGAGCCACGGGGCACUUGGGGUGGCGCCUGGCAGGGGUGGCCCUCGAAGCCAGAAAGGGGCGUGAAGGCGUGUGGUGCGGAAAGCGGAACGGCCCUUCGCCCCUUCCCACAGGCCAGGUGGCACCUCAGCGUCUUCAAAAGCUGCGCACAGCGUCUUUUGGGUCCUGGUGGCAUGGCCUAGAGAUGGUGGCCCCCUGGGAUGUGGCUUCCAAGGGGUGGCAUCUGCCACGCCGUCCUGUCUGCCACCAUAAUAUAUGACAUCAGGUCGUUGGGCCUUAGCCAGUGGGUGGGUUGCAGAGUGUGAUGGUCAGGGUGUUUUGUUUCUGUAAUUUACAGUGGUACCUCGGGUUAAGUACUUAAUUCGUUCUGGAGGUCUGUUCUUAACCUGAAAUUGUUCUUAACCUGAAGCACCACUUUAGCUAAUGGGGACUCCCGCUUCCGCCGCCGCACAAUUUCUGUUCUCAUCCUGAAGCAAAGUUCUUAACCCGAGGUAAUAUUUAUGGGUUAGCGGAGUCUGUAACCUGAAGUGUAUGUAACCCGAGGUACCACUAUACAUAAGUUUACGGACCAUCUUUUUUCUACUUGGACGUAGGCAAGGUGACUCGAGCGCAUAACAUAGCGGUAGUCCUAGGUGCCGCCGUCGUGCCACAGGGUGCUUAAAUAACACAGCCUUGUUGGGUGAGGAUGAAUGUGGGCGUUGAGCGUUGUGCAGAAAUGGGUAAGUGCAUGCAGUUGUGGGAGAUGUGGCACAUUUGAUGCCGGUCAGUGUCCUAGUGAUGGUGCUGAGAUGUUGAACGUGGCAAGUGUGCUGUAGAAGCCCAACUUGUCCUGCCACAUCUGGUGCUGAAAAUGGGAAGAACUAUAGGGAACACAGUAAUGCUUUGCUGAAUAGCAGAAACACAUAGCAUAGUUUGUGCUUAGUUUGCGUGUGGUGCAUGUCAUCUUGAGUGGCAUGAUGUGGGCCUUACGGUGCUUUGACGCUGAAUGUGGCACUAGGUACAGUGCUGUAAUAUGGUGUGAGCUUAGUAGCUUUAGUGCUAAAGUGUGCCUGCUGAGUAGCAUAUCAGUUAAAAUCCAGCAUUUACAAUAAGCAUUAAAACUAGAUGAUAUUGGGCAAAGGUUUUAUGAGUUUACAAAGCAGGUUUGAGGCCCUAAGCUAUUUGUGUGGUUGGACAUCUUUGUAUAAUACAAAUUACUAGAUACUUAUUAGAUAAAUUUCACCUUAUGUUCCAUCAACUUGUGUUCAGUAUUAAAUCACUUUCCUUUUUGCUUCUCUUUCAGCAUUUCUUAUUGCUGAAAUUUAUGUGCAGAUAGUAGUAGGAGACAAUUUCAAACAGUCAUCUAUGUUUAAUUGUAAUUUACAUCACACUCCAAAAGACUGUUAUGCAUUAUUUUUUCCAAUGAGAAAUUAACUCCAAGAGCCAGGUAACACUUCACUUUUGAAAUUUGCUACUUUGGCGAAACAUACAUCUGGUGUUAUCAGUUGUGAAUUGUACAAACACAUAUGCAUGACUAUAUUUUCCUGUAAUUCUUGGCAUCCAGGAAAGGAUUCCUUCUUUGCUAUGUGUAAGAAUCUGCCUCCUUAAAUAAAGUAUGCACCAUUUAUAGAUAAUGAUUCCAUGUGUAAUUAUGACCAAAUUCUAAAAGUUGUUUGAAUUGGUAGUACAGUAUGUAUUUUGCACAAGGUUCAUAGCUUGUUUUUUUAUGAGAGGGCAGAAAUAAUUAUUUUGUAUCUUCAAAUGUUGGCAAUUCCAUCUUGAAAUGCUAUGGGAUGUUUUGUAGUUCUGUAGUAUUAAAAACAUGGCAUCGUUACUGUGGAGUUCUCUAGUAUACAAAACGCACGAAGGAAGACUGUAAUAUUUGUAGCCUCCCUGUAAACCAAAUAGGUGAAGUGUACUAAACAUAUAUUUUUCUAUAAUUUUUACAUGCAGUGUGUUACAUUUUCAUGCUUAAUGUAGUUGAGCAUCUUCAGUUAUUUGAAGAGUAAUUUCUCUGUGAGAAUUGAAUGGAAUGGAAUUGAAUGGAAAUUAAUCCAUUCAAAGGAGUGAAAUGCUAUAUAUUAUUUAGUUAUAAAUCGUCUGAUACCUAAAUCCUAGGAGCAAUCUUUAAUUGUCAGUUGCAGUAACUCCUUGAAAGUAACUGCCUACUAUCACAUAGGAUGUUGAGGAAAAGGUUUGAAGGACAACAAUGAGUUAUUAUAUAGAGCCUAAGAUGUGAAGGCAGGUGCUUGAUUUUCCCUGACCCAUCCAUGCCUACAUAUGUUGUUUUUCCUCCUCUGUCACUAUAGGACUACAUCAUCUUUUCAGCACUCCUUGAGCUGUAGCUUGGUAAUAGAAGAGUAGAUUCCUGCCAAGAUAAUUAAUCCUGCCAAAACCCCUUGGGUGUCUUUAAAGAAACUGAUCUAUAAGCAGUUGUGGUAGUAAAAUGGAAUACAUAAAGCUUUUAGCUACAAUAGCUCUUAAAAUAUGAUAUUGAAAAUAAUAUCUAGGAAAGCAUUUCCAGUAUGAGUUACAAAUUGGGGAGGGAGAGGGAUCCUUCCAGCGACAGGAUGUCACUUUGUCAAGAGUAGUCUGUUUUAAUGUGUGAUUCUUGACUGCUAGUACUUGUGAUCUGGCUCAACUCAGAGGAUGUGCUCCUCUCCUCCAUUUAUUAAUUUUUUCCCCCAUGAGCGUUCACUGCAGAGUGUUCAUAGAGCGUUGGCUUUGUUUUUCAGUGCAAACUGUGACUGGGAAGGCACAGAUCACCUUGUGUCCAGGGAGUAGCACAUGAACACUUGAGUCUGUAAUGCAGCGUGGUGAUCAUUUUAACAACCCCAGAGGGAUGCAAUUUACAGGAAGCAAAGAGGGGAGGGGAGAAUUAGCAAACACAUUUCACCUGCUGCACAGUACGCUCUUUAAAAUGUAACAACUGUAAUUGGAACGAGCACCCCUUUAGCCUUGUGGUACAGUAUAGCAAACUGUUCAGGAAUGGUUGUCAUAUUAGUGAAAGCUACUGCACAUGGGAUGCGGCAAUGGCUUAUGCUUUUGCACCAUAAGGUGUAUGUGAAAUGCCCUAAGCUGCUGUAUCAUGCAUCAGUUCCAUAUGUUCUCUCUCUUGCAAGUGAGUUGUUUCCAUGGCUUCUCCAGUUUUUGCUGCAUCUGCCUUAUCUAUCAACAGUGCUCAUUGGUCAAACUAGGACUAAUGUUGUUACCACCCAUCCACACUAGAGCAUAAGCCUACAGGCUUUUAGAAGACAAUGUAAGCCAUUGUGUGAUCCCUUUGAGACAGACAUUUAAUGUUUUAUUACAGACAUGAUUUAUCUCUAACUGACCAAUGCGAUUAACUCCCUUAUCUUGUGUAGCCUUUUUGUGUGUAGUAACUUUAUAUUAAAUAUUUAUUGUAAGGUUUUUAGAGAUAUCUGUGCUUGUGAAGUAUUUAUUGGUAUAUUGAAGUUGUAGAAACUUAAAGAUCAUUGGAUUGUUCAUUCUCAAACUAUGCACCUCAGGAGCACACAUACAUAAGACCUCAUAUACCCAUAGCCUAGUGACACAAGCACUAUUCAGAUUGUUGUUGUUUUGCAUACUAUUAAUACUAGACAAUCUACAUAUGCAUAAUAGAAAGGAUAGAUACUGGUCCCAAAGGGCUUAAGGUCUAAAAAUAAACAAAUGCUUGACAACAGAAGGAGGACUAAAAUAAUAAUAAUAAUGUUGCUCUUUCAGUUGCAAGUACUUUUGGAGGGGGGUGUAUCUUUGCAGAGAGUUAGGACAGAAUUAAUGUAUCUCUACCCAUUGGAGAACUAGAGAGCCACACUCCUGUCUCUGUGCUCCAGUUAAACACUGAUAUGCAUGUUCAUAACUUAAAAUGUGAUUGAAUGGCAUAUCAUUGAUGUGUGAUUCCCCACCUCCCAUUAAUAUGUUAAAGGGUUCCGUGUUUGCUGCCACAGCUAACAGAGCAAUCCCUGUGCACCUAUGUAGUUGAAAGCUGGUGAAGUCACUGGUUCAAAUCUCAGCUCAGCCACAGAUGCAUUAGAUGGCUUUCUGGUGGGUUGUCUCAGAAACAAAAUGGGCAAUACUCUGAAUGAAUAGGAUACAAGUGAAGCUUUAUCUACUUUCCUAGUACAUUAGUGUAUGAAAAUAAUUUUUCACUCGCAACUUUCUAUUGCUAUUUCAAAUAAAUCUCCUUUAAACUCAGCUCUCACCUCUGUCUUUUCAAAAUUUCACCGUUCAAGAAAUGCUACUUCAGGGCGAUAUGUGCCUCCCUUUCCCGGAGGAGCUGCAUGGCAAGCAGCAGUGAGAUCAUGGGUAUGAGGCACAUAGUGUGCAUAGACUAAUUCUGGUACCGAUUCUGGGAAGGUGACCCAUCCAAGAACUGCAGUGUUUGAUCCUAUUUUUCAAAGGAAGAGUGGUAUGCUGGAAACAGCCUCCUCCCUUUCCUCUUGUUUCCUGUCUCAUUCCAAAAAAAGAGUCUCGCUGUGGUAUGCUGACCUAUUAUAAUGUGGGUCAGUCCACACACACGCAUACACACACACAAAAGAUGGAGAAGAAAACUGCAGAAAUUAAUAGAGCAGAAAAACUCUCUUGGAGAAAGAUAGUUGUUCAUAGUAAAAGGGUUUCAUUGUUGAUCUGCACAUCUGAUUUAGGGUGGAUUAUGGGUGUUUGCAAGUGAAUUGGUUGACCUGGUAUAGGACAAUAUUUAAGAACAAGGCAAAGGAAGGAAUAGACUAAAGGUGCAGCUGCAGGGAUGAGAAGAAGGGGCUGUUUUCUGUGAAAGUAAGGUAAGGAGAGUUGCACUUUCCCAUUCUAGAAUAAACCGAGAAACUUAGAAUCUGGAAAUAAAUGUUGUCUCCAAUCUAAAUUUUACAGAACUUUUCAAUAUAUAUUUAAUUAAAAUGUUGUAACUGUUUAGAACUUAUCAUUUACUAAAAAAAGUUAUUCAUAGUCAUUUGUUUUUACCAUUUACAGUGGAGAACUUUUUGUUUUGAUAAAAAGAAAGACAGCUUGAGUGGCGUUUUCUGUCUUUUGUUUCACUGAGCAUACAGCCAGCUGUUUGGAUAAAAAAUGAUGAAUAGGCAAAAAUCUCAUGAGGAUUUGGGCUAUUCAGUCCCCCACAGUACAACUACAAAGGCUGUGUUUGGAUGAUGCUUUGUUGUACUGAUAGCUUAAUUAUAUCACUAAUAAGCAGCCUUCUUCAGUGUGGGUGAACAAAAUUCUUAUAUGCGUACCAGAAGCAAAAGUAAACUGGCAUGGAAUGAGAUCCCAAAAUAUAUGGGGCAGGUAAAGAGUACCUGCUGAUGUUCUAGUUCAGGGGCCUUACUCCUCUCUCUUUCCUGAGACUUCACUUUGUUUUUACCUAAAGAGGCAGUAACACAUUAACCACCAAUGAACGCAAAACUUAAGGUAUACAGUAAAUUGACAGAAUUUUAAGGUAAACUUGGAUUCCCUUCACAUUGACACAACAGCUCAUUAUACUGAACAUUCUUUUGUUCAGUAACCAAAGUAAGUACAGCCUUGCCAUCUGCUUGGUUAUUGGACUUCUGUUCCAUGUGCCAUGAUGUCAUGACAUAUGACACAACAGCCCUUGAGGCAGUAUAUCAUUCUACAACAUUGUGUCAGAUGCAGGACUUAUCAUUAGUCCCAACUUAAACAUGACGCUCCUGUAUAUUACUUUAUAUGCUUGACUUUCCUUCUCCUCCGCUUCUCAGAAUAAAGAAAGAGAUGCAGUGAUGAUGUUGCUUUUCAGAUCCAUCUUAAGUCAGGACAUGAGCGACAUAGAAUUAUAGAAAGCAACCUGGAAUCAUAGAAUCAUAGAUUCCCUGCAAUGCAAGAAUGUUUUUGCCUAACAUGGGGCUUGAAUGCACAUGCGGCUUCUCUUAAGGAGAGCUUCCCUUAGUGCAAUUCAGCACUGUACUAAAGGAGAGCUUUGCCCAAGGCACUUCAGCAAGGCAUUUUAGCAUUUCGGCACUGUACCAAAGUUGAGGAAGAGGUGACACUAGCAGCAGGGGGCUUGUGCAACUACUGCUUUUUGUGUUGUUUUCUUCUUCUUCUUUUUUUAAAAAAGGUAAAUGACCCUGUAAUGAGCCUGGUAUGGACUAGCAGAUGGAUAUAAAGCUGCUAUUAUUAUUAUUAUUAUUAUUAUUAUUAUUAUUAUUAACACAGUUAUAUUAAGACUCUUUUAAAAUUGUAAUUUGGCUUUAAAUGAAAUUCACAUUUAAUACAAACCAAAAGAAAGUCUACAACUUUGAAUCUCUUGAAGCUAUGAUUGUCAAUCAAACAUGGAACCUGUGCCAUGAUUCUUUUUCAUUCUGACCUUGGUCUUCAAAAGUGAUUUGCUUAGUGCCCUCUCUGUCUACAGAGAGCACUGCUCAGAAAGUGGGAACCAGCACCUUGAAUUGCCUCCAGAAGUAUAUAGAUGGAGCAGCUGCUGGAAAAUAUUGUGUCUAUUUCCAUUCAGCACUUGAUUGAUAGAGCAAAUGAGGCCUUUGGUCUAAUUUGACACUUCAGCAUUUCAAUUAUAAAUUUGUCACCUAUAUGAUAACUCUAAAUAUUGAAGUGUCCAAAUUCAGUACACAAGUUCAGGGCACAAUCCUACAUUUUAAAAGCCAACUCAGUCCACACAUGUAUUUUUAAAGUGGGGGGGGGGGGUGCAAAACAAAUUGUAAUGUCUCCUUUGAAGACUGAGAGAUCAGAAUGAAAGUUGGUACACACAUUUAAAACACAAUUAUGCCAUUCAUAUUCAAACUCAAGAUUUGCCCCUGUGCCAGUUUUCAAUACUUGCAAAGAAUAUUCAGUUACUCCAGUCCAUUUAGAUAUGCAUGAAUUAAUGGUGUCAAGAUUAACAGUUUCAGAAUGGUGAGUAGUAGCAGUGCAUUGAAUAAAAAAGGCAUACCUAGCCACAACAACAACCUUUAGACCUCUAGUCUGUGAGCCUAAUUAGGCCCACCAGACCUUCCCAUUUGGACCGUGAGGCCCAUUUUGGCCAAGCCUCACCCACAGGUAAAGACAGAGCUUUGACAAAAGGUGUUCUGGAUGGAGGUGCUUGGAAAGCCCCUUGCACAGCGUUUCCGAAACACUGGCUUUUGCUCAGUACUUCCCAAGUAUCUACAACCAGCUGAUUGCUGCACACACAUUCUGUUGCCCACACAGUUUAAUUUCAAACCAUGCAGGCAAAAAUGAAACGCCUGACACCACUGUGACCUGCAGAGGUGCACAGAUGCGGCCUGCUGGCUGGAAACAGUUCCCCACUCUUAUGUUAGUAGAGCGACAAUUCCUUGAAGAGGUAGACCCUCAUCCUUGAAUAGGUCACAAUCCUGAAAUAUAUGGUGACCUGUUUAUUUAUUUCAUAAAAUUUAUACACUGCUUGAUUGUAAACACACACACAAAACUCAAAGCAGUUUACAUAAAAAUUGACCUGUUGCUAUGUAGAGAUUGUUGGUAUAUCUCUGGUGGAAUGAAAGCGUGUGCUUUUUUUUUAAUAAUUCAAAGCAAAGGGAGGAAAAUAUUAUUUGAAAACAUACCACACAUUCUAAAAUUUUUGGAGAUGAAUGAUAUGCUUGGCUGCUUUAUUAGUCAGAUGCAUUAUUCACUGGUUGCAUGCACUAGGGGGCAGUGUAUGUUUCAUGUGUUGUUUCUUUGCAUUUUGAAUGCCUGUCUAGACACCUGCCAUUUGAAAAUGCAUUUUCCCUUACAUUUCUUAGGGGUUUUUUUGGUGGGGCCGGGGCUGGGCCUGGCGGGGAGGGGUGUGUGAUUUGUCCACUGGUGCAGUUAGGUAAUUUUACACUCUAGUUUUCAUGUGUAAUCUUUUGUUUAUUUAAAAAUGUGUUAAGCCAGCCAUGCUAUGUUUGGAGAUGUUCCCGCUCAUUCUCUUGAGUUGUUCCCUCGACCAUUGCCUGAAUAUUAUUUUCUGAUGGCACCAUUGGGUUUGUUUUGCUUUCUUCUAAAAUCUUGGCUUGUACUUAGAAUAGGGUAUGUAGAUGUCAGGGAACUGCCAUCGGAAGGAAGGGAGGUGAAAGGGCUCACACAGGUUGGGAGAGACUCAGCAGCUGAAGAGGGAACCAGUAGGGGGAGAGGAGCUGAGCUGAGGGAAAGUGAGCUGGAGGGAUGGCUCAGAGACACUUCCAGCGAAAACAGUGGGGAGGUUUCAGGACCUCCUGUAGGGACACCCACUCCUCGCCGGAAACUGACACGCAGAGAGUCCAGAAGACGUGUUUCCGUUAAGGAGCUUUUAUGUUGGAAGCGAUUCCGAAAGCAACCACUGUCGGAAUCUGCUAGUGACUAGAGGAGCCAUGUCUGAGGGCUCCGUCACAGACAGAGGUUUGUGGACUUGAACAAACUCUGAGGGGAUACGAUUUUACGCACAAGCAGCUCAUCAUCCCAUCACAGCAUUCCGACAGUCUUUGAAAGCAGCUUGUGCAGGAGAAGGCAUCAUGAGCAACCCAGCCGGAACCGGAGAAGCAGGAGCUGGAGCGGGUCCAAGCCUGGAAGAAAGGUACCGGGUGUUGGAGGUCCAGCUAGCGCUGCAGACGGCGAGGCUUGAGGAGAGGAGGGCUCAGGAUGCAGACAAAAGGGAAAGCCACCCAGCUCGCCAGAAAGGUACCAGGAUUGGUGCAGAAGUUUGGGGGGGAGCCCAAAGACUAUCAUGGCUUUCGGACAGAGAUGCAAUAUGCCAUCAAUCUGCAGUUUGAUGAAUUCCCUGACGAGGAAUCACGAGUGGCUUUCGUGAUUGGGCAUCUUGAAAAAGGGGCGAGAGACUGGGUUAGACCCCUGAUGGCAGCGAAUAGUGACGUCCUAAAGGACACGAUGAAGUUCUUUCGCGCCAUGGAUCUGAUGUUUUCCAGCGAUAUUGAACAGGGAGUGGUGCGCAGACAGUUAAUGGCUUGCAAACAGGGAGCCGAUCUGUCCGUGAGUACUGGACUGAGUUCACCAUGCUGGUUCACAGAUUGGGGUGGGACUUAUCGGCGGAUCCCAUUCAAAUGCUCUUUGAAGAAGGGCUUUCUUCGGCUGUGAAAGACGAACUUUCCCGGGCGCCCAGGGCGGAGUCUAUGGACCAGCUGACCAAAUCAGCGCUGACCAUAGGAGCGCGCCAGGAGGCGAGAGCAUUGGAGAGGCGGGAAGGGAAGGAACGUUGGAAGGAGUUCCGCAUUCCAGACAUUCCAGAGCCAACUUUCCAGCCGGCAGAGCCGAUGGAAAUCGGAACAGCGCGCGCGCGCAGUUUCAAAGCCCAGUGAGGGGGAAAGAAGGAGGGAAAAGGCGCCCGGAAAUGCUAUCUCUGCCAACAGCCAGGUCACUUUGCCAGAGUCUGCCCCCAGAGGAAGGAAUGGCAAGGGAUGGUAGGAGCUGUGGAGGGAAGAGAGGAAGAAAUACCGGAGCAAGUAAAAGCCAACGCCUGGCUGCCACUGUCGGGGCACAGCAGCCAGGCCAAAGAGCAGUGAGAGUGCCCACGCCAGAACCUCCUAAACCCGCCCUAGUGAUAGAAGUGGUGCUAGAGCUGCCAAACGGACACCCUCUAAAGAUAAAGGCGCUGUUGGACUCAGGCAGCUCCUGCAAUUUCAUGAGCAAAGAGUUUGCAGCUGAACACCAGAUACAGACGAUCCCUUUAAGCAACCCCCUGCAGGUGACCACGAUCGAUGGCAGGGAGCUGUUGGGAGGAGAAGUCAGCUUGCAGACCGUCCCAAUGAUAAUGAAGGUGGCCAGGCACACCGAACUGAUAGCGUUUAAUGUGGCCACCUUGGGAGGAGCUCCCAUUAUAUUGGGGAUGAGCUGGCUAGCGUUACAUGAUCCGCUGGUGGGCUGGCAUCAGAGAGUGGUUUCUUUUGGUUCAGCACAUUGCUUAGAACACUGCAAAGAGGGAAGGGUUUGGCAGGGGCCCAAGCCACCCUAGCAGGGACUGAAGUAACGGAGAACGUGAAGGUACCACGACAAUACGCAGAUCUCCGCGACGUCUUCAGCGAAAGGAAGCUGACCAACUACCCCGCAUAGACCCUUUGACUGUCAAAUCAAUUUACUCCCUGGGGCACAGCUCCCUGUAGGCAAGCUGUACGCCAUGUCAGACAGAGAGAUGCAGGAGCUAAGAGAGUUCAUUGACAAGAACCUGAAGAGAGGGUUCAUCAGAGAGUCCAGGGCGGUGGGGGCAGCCCAGUGUUUUUGUGGAUAAAAAAACACGAACAAGCCGAGGCUGGUGUGUGACUUCAGGGCCUUAAAUGCAGUGUCAGAACCAGUGGCCUUCCCUAUGCCCAGGAUUGACGACAUUUUGACAAGGGUGCGGAAGGGAAAGAUUUUCACAAAGCUGGACCUAAGGGGGGCGUACAACCUGAUACGAAUAAGGAAGGGGAUGAAUGGAAAACCACCAUGUUCACCCCUUUAGGGGCAUUUGAAUAUUUGGUUAUGCCCUUCGGCCUCCAAGCAGGCUCCGCAUGCUUUCAAUCGUUUAUGAACCACGUCCUGGGGCCUUUGCUUUACAAGAAUUGUGUGGCCUUCUUAGACGACGUGUUGGUGUAUUCUGAGAAUGAGGAGCAGCAUGUGAGAGACGUCAGAGAAGUGUUGAGCAGGCUGCAAGCCAACCAGCUGUGGGUGAAACUGGAGAAGUGUCAGUUUCAUACCAAGGAGGUGGAAUUCCUGGGGUAUCGCCUGUCAGACAAGGGAUUGGCCAUGGAUCCCGGCAAGGUCCAGGCGGUGCUGGAAUGGAAAACACCCAAAACAAGGAAGGAUGUGCAGAGGUUCCUAGGAUUUGGGAACUUCUAUCGUAAGUUCAUCCGAAACUUUGCCCACCUGACGGCGCCCAUUACGGACUGUCUCAGCAGUAAGAAGAAGUUCGUUUGGACUGAGGAGGCGGAGCGAGCAUUUGAGGAACUAAAAGGGCCUUCGCCUCGGAACAACAACUCCUGCAUGUGGAUUUACAAAAACCGAUGAGAGUGGUAUCUGACGCAUCAGACAGAGCGGUAGGGGCGGUGCUUCUGCUGCCAGGGAAGGAGGAGUCAGAGUGGAGACCGUGUGCCUUUUUUCGAGAAAGCUGAACAAAUCCGAGAGGAACUACACGGUGUAUGACCGAGAACUACUAGCCAUUCAUGAGGCGUUCCGGAGAUGGAGGCACCUGCUAAUUGGCGCACAACAUAAGGUGCAAGUGUGCACUGACCACAAGAACCUAGAGUAUUGGAGGACGGCACGAGUGCUCAACCAACGGCAAGUGAGAUGGGCCCAGGAGUUCUCCAAAUUUAACUUUGAGAUUUGUUACGUGCCAGGCCCAGAGAACAUUAGGGCGGACGCUCUCUCACGCAAACCUGAAUAUUUGGAGGGGGGAGGGAGCACCCGAAGAGAGACAUGUGAUUCCAGAGGACCGCUGGGUGUGUGGGGCGGCAUUGGUGGGACAAAGAGAACUGGUAGAGGAAACAGAGAAUGAUGAAUACGCCCAGAAUAAGCUCAGAGGUCUUAGGGGUGAGGGAGAGGAACCAGGGGUUUCGAGGAAAGAAAUGGAGCUUUGUAUUACAAAGGGGCACUGUAUAUCCCUGAAGGAGACUUAAGGGGAGGGUACUCAAGCAGUUGCACGACAGCCCUACGGCGGGGCAUUUUGGACAACACAAAACCAUGUGGUUGGUCACCAGGGAAUUUUGGUGGCCCAAGGUGAGGGAAGAUGUACGUGAGUAUGUAAGAGGGUGCGAGCAAUGCCAGCGAGCCAAAGGGGAAAGGCGGGCGCCGGCGGGGCUGUUAGAACCCUUACCAACCCCAGAACGACCUUGGGAGGCAGUGUCGAUAGAUUUUAUGACUGAUCUGCCGAAGUCCAAAGGGAAAACAGCCAUCAUGGUGGUGGUAGACCUACUAACAAAGAUGUGCCACUUUGUAGCUUGCUCGCAUGCAGUCACGGCGGAAGAGACAGCGAAGUUAUUUGUAGAACACAUUUUUAGGUUGCACGGGGUGCCAUUGAGGGUGGUCUCAGACCGAGGAAAACAAUUUACUUCCAGGUUCUGGAGGAAGCUCAUGAGCUUACUGCAGGUGGAGGUCAACUUUUCGACUGCCCGGCACCCUGAAACCAACGGGCAGGCGGAAAGAGCAAGCGGUGUCCUCCAGCAAUACCUGAGGUGUUAUGUCAAUGACAGAGAGAAUGACUGGGUAGAAAAGUUGGCGCUGGCGGAAUUUGCCUACAACAAUGCCGAGAAUGUGUCCACAGGGAUGAGCCCCUUCUUGGCUAAUUAUGGGUGUCAUCCCAGGGCUUUCCCAGGGGAGAUGGGGAGAGAUGGAGCGUCCCGGCAGCCGAGCAUUUUGUAGAAGAAAUGGAAGCAAUCCAUUGUCAGCUCCAACUCAACUUAGAAAGGGCGAAGGAAGAAUACAAGAGGCAGGCAGACAAGAACCGAAGGGAAGGUGAAACCAUAAGGGUGGGAGAUAGGGUGUGGCUGUCAACCCAAGGGUUGCCGUUCAAAGGAGGUUGUAAGAAAUUAAGACCCAGGAGGUUGGGUCCCUUUGAGGUCAUUCAACAGGUCAACCCAGUGGCUUUCAGGCUCCGGUUACCCAACCACAUGAAACUGCACCCAGUAUUUCACAGGUCGUUACUGUCACCGUACGAAGGGGACGAGAAGGGAUGGCCACUCGGGGACCGGUCAUAGAAGAAAGAGAAUGCAGCAGCCAUGUGGCAGAAAUCCUCGACGCCAGGUGGAAGGGAAUCAGGUGGAGUAUUUGGUAGCGUGGGAAGGAGAACCGGAGUCAGAAAACACUUGGGUAAUGGCCGAAGAUAUCAAUGACGAGGUAUUGAUAGAAACGUUCCAUCAAAGGUUCCCAAGGAAACCUCAGCCUGUGGAGAGGUUCCGGAGGGAAUACUUUGGGACCACUGAUGAGGAGGAGGAGUUGGAAGGAUUCCCGGACUCGGAAGGGGAAGGGGAGAUGGACUCUGAGGAGGAGGAGUACUUCAAGACCAGGAACCGCAACAGGUGGAGAGACGUGUUCGAGACAUCGGAAGAUGAAGGAAGUUCAUUCCGGGGUUUUGCCUCCUCACCGCCCGUAGAGGAGGGGGCGAGAGGGGUUGAAGGGGGCCCUGGAGGGGAGGUGGAUGUCAGGGAACUGCCAUCGGAAGGAAGGGAGGUGAAAGGGCUCACACAGGUUGGGAGAGACUCAGCAGCUGAAGAGGGAACCAGUAGGGGGAGAGGAGCUGAGCUGAGGGAAAGUGAGCUGGAGGGAUGGCUCAGAGACACUUCCAGCGAAAACAGUGGUGAGGUUUCCGGACCUCCUGUAGGGACACCCACUCCUCGCCGGAAACUGUCACGCAGAGAGUCCAGAAGACGUGUUUCCGUUAAGGAGCUUUUAUGUUGGAAGCGAUUCCGAAAGCAACCACUGUCGGAAUCUGCUAGUGACUAGAGGAGCCAUGUCAGAGGGGCUCCGUCACAGACAGAGGUUUGUGGACUUGAACAAACACUGAGGGAAUACGAUUUUACGCACAAGCAGCUCAUCUUCCCAUCACAGUAGAUUUAUAGGUUCUGUAAUCUGUUUAAAUAAUAAUAACACAUUACUGUAUAUGAAGCACUGAGAACACUCUAUCUCAGUAAUCUUUGCCACAAUCCUUGCAAAUGUUAUCAUAUCCAUAUUGCAAACAGAGUUGAAACUGAAAGAUAGUGGUUGGCCUAAUAAUCAAGCUAAGUUUCAAAAUCACAUUAAGGCAAGGAUUUUAUUACGACAACCUAAACAGCAUAAAAUAGUGUACAUGCUUUUGAGUCCUCCAGAAUUUUUCAGAAGAAAGGUUUGACUUCAGAGCUGUGUCUCUUCAGCUGUUUCCUAUCCAUGUUUCAAAAGUCUUGAUUUUUUCAAAUAGGAUUACUGCCAAGUAAGUAAUCCUAUUUGAAAAAAAUCAGGACUGCCAAGUUAGUAGGCAUGGGACGUGGGUGGCGCUGUGGGUUAAACCACAGAGCCUAGAGCUUGCCUAUCAGAAGGUUGGCGGUUCGAAUCCCGCGACUGGGUGAGCUUCUGUUGCUCAGUCCCUGCUCCUACCAACCUAGCAGUUCAAAAGCACGAAGUGCAAGUAGAUAAAUAGGUACUGCUCCGGUGGGAAGGUAAAGGGCGUUUCUAUGCGCUGCUCUGGUUCGCCAGAAGCGGCUUAGUCAUGCUGGCCACAUGAACCGGAAGCUGUACACUGGCUCCCAUGGCCAGUAAAGCGAGAUGAGCGCCGCAACCCCAGAGUCGUCCACGACUAGACCUAAUAGUCAGGGGUCCCUUUACCUUUACUAAGUAGGCACAGGAUUGCAUCCUUUAACUACCACUUUAGCACUAAGAAUGGAAAGCCCAGUUCAUUCUUUUGGGCUUCUUGAUAGAAAGGCUCUAUUAUAAGAAUGUUUUUAAUAAAGCGUCUGUUAUAAAUUGCAGACAAACCCCCUGCUUUGGUAUUUAUAUCUAGCAGCCAUGUGAAUUGAUCAUAAAGGGAAGUGUUUGUGUAGACUAGGGUUGGUGUGUUGCUGUUUUUUAAACUAUCCUCGUUUAUUGUAGGCAUUGCUGUGAUUUACAAUAUCUCUUUUUACAUUGUAAUAGGAUUGGAUAUCCUUCUCUCCUCAGCCUCACAGAUACCUGAUAAUUUCUUUCACCUUUUCAUUCAAGCUUAAUUGGCUAGGCAUACAUCUGUGGUAAAUCCUUCCUACAUGUGUAUUUCAUAAGCUUAGCAAAAACCUCUUACUUGUGCCCUGUGGUGUGUAGAAUGUUGUCAGACGGAAACCAAUUUCCUCCAGACUCAGCAGCAAAGGCGUCUCAAACUCCACCCUGUUUUCAGUUUCCUGAGUGUCAUCUUUUUCUAUAGAACUUCUUUCUUUCUUUCUUUCUUUCUUUCUUUCUUUCUUUCUUUCUUUCUUUCUUUCUUUCUUUCUUCCUCCCUCCCUCCCUCCCUCCCUCCCUCCCUCCCUCCCUCCCUCUGCUUCAAGCACAUCAGGGUUUUUUCUCUUUCCAAGUGCAGUCUUCAUAUUAUAUUACCAUUUCCACAGAUCUCCCCUCAAACCCCACUUCUCAUGCAAAUGCAGACCUUUUGAGUUUGCUUUCGACUGCAAUAAUCCCUGACCAUUGGCCAUGUGGCUGAGGUUUAUGGGAGUUGGGAGUCCAACCACAUCUGGAGGGCACCAAGUCUGGUAACAGUGGUCUAUACCAGUGGUUCCCAAUUAGCUAAUUACUGAGGGCCCCCUAUUUUUCAAAAGCCAAGCCACACACCCCCUACUUUUGAAAAUUUUGAUAACUCUAUGGUAGUUACCUCUGCAGAGCAAUUUUUUGAACAAAAUGUGGGGUAGCCCCUAAUAAGCAAAGGAUUUUAGGUAUAUUAAAAAACACACUAGGGCUGAGCAAUAUCUGGUUUUCAACAUCGUGAUAUAUCAGCAGCUAAACAUCACGAUAUUCCGAUAUAUCACAACGUCUGAAAUUGGAGAUCAGGCGUGGGGAUGAGGGAAGGAGCAGCAACAGAGGUCGGGUGGGUAGGGUGCCUGUAGAUGAAGGAAGAAGCAGUCAUGGAGAUUGGAUGGGUGCAGGGAGGAGAGGAAGCAGAAUCACCUCCACUGCAUGGUUUGAGUGGGAGGGGAUGGAGAUGGGGUGUUCAUCAAGCCAUUGAGCCAGCGAAGAUGCACAUCCACUGUGGCUGCUGUUGCUUUCCUGCUGACUGAGAAAAGCUGCUUCGCCUCAGUGCCAGGGGAAGGUAGUGCCACAGUGCCCUGAAGUGAGGGCCAUCAGCUGCCCUGCUCUCCAUCAGUGUGAGGGGAAGGCAGCACCUUGCAAUCUGCUGUCCUGUUUUCCCUCCUGAGGGAAGGCAGCUCAGAUCAGCAGCAUAUUGGCGGUGCCUUGAAAUCAGCUGCCCUGCUCUCCCUUGCACAAGAAGCAACAUAUUGCUGCAUAUUGCCAGGUCAAAAUCGUUAUCACAGUGGAAUUUCAAAACUGGUUUUGGCCAGUAUGUUGAAAAAUCACACCGUGCUAAAACAGACCAUAAGAUUUGUGAUAUUAGCCGUGCAAAAAUGACAAAAAUUUAGUGGGAGGGGGAGGCAAGGAUUGGGACCGCAGAUCCCCUGGGUGUGUUCCGCAGACCCGAAUUUGGGAACCACUGGUCUAUACACCAUCUCCUUGUUCUUUGUGCACUAUGGGGGUUUGUCAGUCUCCAUUCUUUUCAAAAUAGCUUUGUGUUCCCUGCAGAAUGUAAAGUAUUUUUACCAUUGGGUAUUUUUAUCAUAUAUUCAGACUGGGUGGAUAUUUCAGCAAUGAGAAUGAUGUAUUAAAACAAACUGAAGUAGGAAUUGUUAUGUAACUAGAAUGGUGGCUGGCCCAGCUAGAACAAUCAAAAGAUCUAUGUUGAAAGGGGACUCUCCACGUGCUUACCUUAUUUGCUCUUUUCUUGUAAGGCCAGAGGAAAACAAAAUCACAUGUUGAUUCUUUUUAUAGUCUACUGGUCUGGUUGUGAUAAAUGAAAAGACUUCAUAUAGAAAUACUUGGUUCUCCAAAAAUUUUCCUGCUGUGUGUAUCACUUUUGUAAUUCAUGCAUAGUUGUGCUUCAUAAUUUCAGUUUAACAACUUAGAUAAUUUACCUAUUGGCUUUUCAGUUCAUCCCCCCCAUUUCUUAGAGACAAGAGUACUUGCUUAUGAUCUCAUUUCCAGACUACUUGAUCUUCUUCACUGCUGACACUUUGUCAGUUUUUGAAUUUGUAUAACGAGUGUAGCUAAUGAUAAUGAACAUUUAAUCCAUAAAUGUUUGGAUUUUUUCUGCUCAGCUGUACUUCUGAUUCUGUCAGAACAGUCAGAGUCAGACGGGAGGUUUUAAGUCAGUACCAGGCUAGCACAUCUAUAUAUUGGUUGGGCACACAUAUACCAUGUAAAUCCAAUACAUUUCAAUCAAGUAUUGGUGCUUUUUACUACCUUCUGUUCUGUAUGAAGUUUUUGCUUCAUGGGGUGACUUGAGAGAAGAGAUCACUAAAUGCACAAACAGCCAGCUUCUUCCUGCGGUCUCAAAACAGUCACCUUAAAAUGUUGUGCCCCAUGUUUUUGAAAAAUCUUAUUGCAACUCUUUGUAUAAUCACUUAAGAAAGGAAUAAAAUUGAAUGUAUUAAUAGAGUAUCAAAAAUGCACGAUUAUUUUAGGCAGUGUUCCAGAAUUCUCUGCAAUUUAAAUUUAGAACUGCUUUUCACAUGUCUGACCUUCUUUCUGACUGUUCAGUGACUAAAGAGUAGCUGUGUUUGAUACCAUAGGAACAUGAGCGAUUUCUCCCAAAUUAUUCCUGUUUACCUUUGCUACUGAAGGCCUUUACACUUGACAGAAAUGUUUAGCAAAACUCUGGGAUACCUGUGAGGUGUUCUGGCUAUGAUAGGUUGUUUCUGCUAUUUUGAAACUUUUCUGUCUCUCUCUCUUUCUAUAAUUCCUCUUUAGAUCUGA